GGGAACACAGACGAGUUGUGAAACCGUGCCCGCCCGGUCCCUCUUUGUCCCUUUCGCCUCGCUCGUCAACACCACCACCAUCAUCACAUUCUAAUAUCUCUCUCUCUCUCUCUCUCUCACUCGGCCAUUUUCUAGAGAAAAAGCAUGACCAGCUCCUCCGCCUCCGGUCGCAAGACUUUGAGUAAGAUUGCUUGCAAUCGGCUCCAGAAGGAGCUCCUGGAGUGGCAGGUCAAUCCCCCGGCAGGUUUCAAACACAAAGUCACCGAUAAUCUCCAAAGGUGGGUGAUUGAAGUCAAUGGAGCCCCUGGAACUCUCUAUUCUAAUGAGACCUAUCAGCUUCAGGUCGAUUUCCCUGAGCAUUACCCAAUGGAAGCCCCACAGGUUAUAUUUAUCCCUCCGGCUCCACUGCAUCCUCAUAUUUAUAGCAACGGUCAUAUCUGUUUAGAUAUUUUGUACGAUUCAUGGUCACCAGCCAUGACUGUUAGUUCCAUCUGUAUUAGCAUUCUCUCCAUGCUGUCAAGCUCCACCAUGAAGCAACGUCCUGAAGAUAAUGACCGAUAUGUAAAGAAUUGUAGAAAUGGCAGAUCUCCCAAGGAGACGAGAUGGUGGUUUCAUGAUGAUAAAGUGUAAUUACCCAUGCACCGUCUUCCGUCAUGAGUUCAAGAAAUUAGAGUAGUUGGCUUUUCUGUUCAAAGGAUGACGAAGACAAAAGAAAAAGCAUUAUAAGAAACUGGGGUUUGUCCCAAUUGCUCAAUAACUCUUUAUAGAUUGACAAUGCCCGGUACUUGUAAAGCAAAGGGAACAAUUUGUGUUUCUACUGAUUUUUAAGGAACAAACUAAGGUCAGAGGAAGUUGCUUUAAGCUCAUAAUUUAAGUACCUUUCUUCCU